CUCCCUCCCGGGGUCUGGAUACUGGAGAGGGACUGAGUAGAGUCAGUGAGUUAUGUGUGUCCCCUGGGACUUCAGCCGGGCCCAGCUCCUGGACAGUAUCCUAGGGCUUGGGGCACUAGGAGUGACAAUUCGAACAGUCUUCUCAACACCUGGCCUUGCCCUGCUGCUCCUGUUACUGACCAGCUUCUUUGUUUUUGACCUGCUCCAUGGGCCCGCAGGCCCCAACCUGCCACAACACAGACUUCUCCCAGUAGGUCAGAGCCAGGGGGCUGGUGAAGGUCCGGGACAGCAAGCGGCUCCCCUCUCCCCAACAGGGACAGUCUCAGGACUGCUCAGCCCCCAGGAUGCAGUGCUUCUGCUGUUCCUGGGCCUGGGCCUGUUCUCGGGAGGCUCUGGUAUACCCUUAGCCAUGCUGGGCCUAGCUUUCUGUAUCCAUCCUUGGGCCUGA